CCUGACUCCGUGGUUGCGGACAGUGUCGUAUUAUCUGAGCGGUGAAAGAGUGAGUUGGAUCCGCAGGAACAUGCCCGAGGUCCCGCCUGGAGCUCCGGAGGUUUCCCGGAAAAGAGGCGCAGAGGCCGGGGCACCAUCUCAACGAGGCCCGGAGAGGAAGAAGGCCUGCUGGGGCAUUCUGACCAGCCAAGGGUCGUGGGCAGAUCGCUCCCCUCUCCAUGAAGCAGCCUCUCAGGGUCGACUGCUCGCUCUCCGCACUCUGCUGGCUCAGGGAUAUCACGCCAACAUCGUCACCAUCGAUCAUGUGACCCCUCUCCAUGAAGCCUGUCUGUCAGGACAUGUCGCCUGCGCCAGAGCACUGAUAAGCGCCGGAGCUAAUGUGAACGCGGCCACCAUCGAUGGCGUCACUCCUCUGUUCAACUGUUGUUCUUCCGGCAGCGUCGGCGGCGUGGAGCUGCUGCUGCAGAGUGGAGCGUACACACACGCCUCACACACACACUUCCCUUCAGCUCUGCACGAAGCCUGCAAGAGAGGUAGCAGCCAGUGUGUAGAGGCACUGCUGUCUCAUGGUGUUGAUCCAGACUACAUGGUGUCUCACCUGGGUUCUCCUCUCUACAUGAGCUGUCUCCACCAACAUGCUGCCUGCUCCAGGAUUCUGCUACACAAAGGUGCCAGUGCUAACGUGGGCAGAGACAGAGACAGUCCGCUUCAUGCCGCUGUCAGACAGGACAACGCUGACCAGGUGUCAGUCUUACUGGAAUAUGGAGCUGAUAUCAACCUCAGAGACGAUAACGACCAGCGACCUGUGGACCUUGCGCCCCCUGGUGGAAAAACAAAGCAGCUUCUCCAUGCAUUUGAAGUUUCUCCGAGGACUCUCCGCCAGGUGUGUCGUAUCCAUAUCAGGCGUCUGAUUGGUCGAUCCAGGCUGACGGAGCUGCACUGUCUUCCUCUGCCCCCUCUGCUCACUCAGUACCUGGAGCACACUUAGGCUACGUCCACACUACUUUGUUUUCAUGUAAAAACGCAUGAGGUCUGCCUUGUGUUUCAUCAUUUAUGAAUGACUGUGGUAACAUGUAUUUGAAGCCCUGGUUCGGCCUGGUCUUAACAUGAAUAUUUGAUACACUGCAUGGACAAAAGUAUUUGGACGCCUGACCAUUUCACCAGCAGGGACUGUAAUGAUGUAUUCAAAUACACAUACAGUCCUUUAAAAUGGAGUGGGUUCCCCUUUUGCAGCUAUAAGACUUCGCUUUAAGAUGUUGAAAUGUUUCUAUGGUGAAUUUGAGUCGAGCGUUGACGAGGUCAGGCACUGGUGUUGGACGAGGAGGUUCUGGUUAGCAAUCUCUGCUCCAGUUCACCCCAAAGGUGCUGGAUGGGGUUGGGGUCCGGGUUCUGCACUCUUGACUCUUGAGUGCUUCCACACCAAACUCAGAGCCAAACCAUGUCUUUAUGGUUGUUGCCUUGUACACUGGGACACAGUCAUGAUGGAAUAGAAAAAGGUCCUUCCUCGAACUGAAGCAUCUCGCUAUGCUGAAGCAUUUAAGGUUGUCCUUUCUUGGAGGUGCCAAAGCCUGAUUGACACACCUGAGUUCAGGUGUGUCCAAAUACUUUUGUCCAUAUAGUGUAGGUUCACACUGGGUUCCCACCGAGUUACACUGUAAGUUGUAUUGUUUCAGCUUUUUGGUAAGUUUGAAGACAUGUCUUCAAAUGGAACACUUCCUAUGAAGGAAAAUGAAAAAGAUCAUACAGGGAAAAGUUUGACCUUCCACCAUCUGUCCACACUGUCCAGACGUUUUUUAAAAAAUGCUUCUGGCUCUGUGUUAGCAUAGACGAUCAAAAAAGAGAGAGCUUUGAAAACGAUGACGUCGUUACCUGCAUGUGCUUCCUGGCUGGUUCUUAUCAGCUGCGACUCGACGAUCUACGAUUCUUGGUCCUCUUUUUCAUCCUUGUUGUUUUGCGUUUGUUAUUAUUUUCGGAAAACAAUGCAAACAACUGAGAAUCAACUUCCUGUUUACUCCUUCAUGUGCCUGCUCAGUUUACCUGAAUGGUCAUGUGAUGUACUUUUCCAGGCACGUAAGCAUGGAUGAAGGUUACGUGUGAAACUGGGCUAAAAUGCUCACCUAGUCUUAGAACUGUCCCCUUGUCGGGUGCUUCUGUUGAAUCAAAUCUUAAAAACAGACUCAUGUUUUAUCAUUCUGCAUUUCUUGACUUCACCUCAUUUAAAAUGUGCUCAUGUUUCUCUGUUUUUUAUUUAUUGUUUUGCCUUUAAACGUGUGUUUUAAUGUGUGAGCCACUAUAACCUUGUUUUAGGAAGUGCUAUAUAAAUAAAGCUUGUUAUUGAUGUUA